AUGUACGCGAUUUCAAACGACACCCAUGACGACUCUCGACGUCUCAUCAAGCGUACGAAUGACGCGAAGAUCAGAAGAGUUUUCAACAAUACGGCAGCAAAGCAUUUUAUCACGGAGCACGAUGGAAAAAAGGAAAAACAGUAUAACGAAGCGAACAAUAUGCAGAAACAAUAUAACGAAAAAGUAGAUACAAAAGACACAACCACAGUACGCAUAUUGGAACGAAGAUAUCCUUUAACUGCUACCGGAUACAAGUAUCUGACCGUUGGCAUCAAUCUGAAUGCAUCAAUUGGAUCUGUGCCUGUUACAACGUGUAUAAAUGCUGAGCCUGAAAAUUCCAACGACAAUACGUACACAAACUCAGCUUUUCAACAAAAAACGAAUGAGGGAGAAUUUAACAGUUUCUAUUUCAAUUGUGCUAAAAAAUUGAAUCAAGACGUUAUCAGUGAGACUGUAGGAUUUAGUUCUUCUGAUAAAAUUUUGAAAUUGAAUUCUGAUGACAGUGAAGAAAACUGUAGGAAAUUAUACGUCGAAGCAGAUUUCCAUUUAUUUGUAGGAGAUGACCGACAUUUAAAAAAUGUUCCUAAUGAAGAUAUUUCACGAUUGGAACAAAUAUCCUUCUCGAUAAGAAUCGUGCUAGAGGACUUAACCGUAGAAGAAAUAUUUAUGGGCUUCUUUGAAACAAAUAGUACGACAGCUGAUGCAUUAUUUAAAAUAGUAAAGGAUAUUUUUACACGGUAUGAUUUGGAUAUUUACAAAUUAAGAGGCCAGUGUUACGAUGGAGCAGCGAAUUUCAGUGGGCGAGUUACAGGAUUGCAAGCUCGUGUCCAAGAACUAGAACCUCGAGCGCUAUAUGUUCACUGCAAUGCCCAUACUUUAAACCUGGUAGUACAAGACGGAAUGGAGCGAAUACCUACUGCUAAAAAUUGUAUUGGCAUUGUUAAAGAGUUGAUUACUUUUAUUCGAGAUUCCCCUAAACGGUUAGCACAAUUUAAAGAAUUGCAAGCAGAAAACUGUCCUGUGUUGACUCAAUUUUGCCCUACAAGAUGGUGUGUACGAGUAAAAUCGCUAAAAACACUGCAGAAUCUGUCAAAUUAUAAGGCUGCUCAGAGCUUCUUUGAACAGUUGCAAAAUGAUUCAACUCUCAACUGUAGCUGCCAUGCGAAGACCGUUGGCUUUUUGAAAAACCUGUACAGUUUUGAAUUUUACUUCCAUUUAUGUUACAUGAUAGCUAUUUUCGAAAGAAUCGAAAUUUUGAAUAGCCAUCUACAAAAAGCAGAUCUAAAUAUUCGUGAAGCACAUGAUAAAGUGCAAGCUAUCAUGGAUGUUUUUUCCGAAGGUAGAGAUGAAAGUUUCGAAGAAAUAUGGAAAGAAGCGACCACAAAUGCCAAAAGUCUGGGAUUAAAUGAACCUCAAGUGCCACGAAUUCGCAAGAUCCCAAGACGGUUGGAAAAUGAGGGUGCUGGAAGUGCACAUGAAUUUUUAACGCCGAAAAGUUAUUAUAAAAAAACGUAUCUAGAAGUGUACGAUCAAGUGGUUGCAUCGCUACAUGAGAGAUGUAACGCUUCGACGAGACCAAAGUGA